UGCUUUUGAGGUGACAUCGACCUCCUUCUCGGGUGCUGAUCGCAGGUGUUUCCUGGCCACAGAGGCUCCAAGACCGCCCGUGCCUGGCCACGUUCCCAGCCAUGCCCAAGUCCACAAAGCGUGGCCGCUCCAACCAAGCCCGGAAGGCUCCCCAGCAGCCCGUUCGGCAUCCCAACAAGAAGAACGCCGCCGGCCGCCCCGCGGCUUCAGCACCCGCCGCCGGUUCCAGCUCAACAAAGGCGACGAAGCCCAAAGCCCAGGCUCAGCAUCUAGAACCGGUGAUACCGUUCUCCGCAGAAGACGCCAUCCUGCUCGUCGGCGAGGGCGACCUGAGCUUCGCGGUCUCCCUGAUCGAGCAUCAUGCCUGCGAGAACGUGACGGCGACCGUCCUGGAGAAGAGCCUAGACGAGCUCGCGGCAAAAUACCCCCACGCCGCCGACAACGUCGAGAAGAUAGAGGCCGGGGGAGGGAAGGUGCUGUACGGGGUCGACGCGGGCAGGAUGGGGCCCUUCGCCCGCAAGGGCAGGGACCCGGAGGGCAUCAUGGACAGGAUCAUGUUCAACUUCCCGCACGUGGGCGGCAAGAGCACCGACGUCAACCGCCAGGUGCGGUACAACCAGGAGAUGCUCGUGGGCUUCUUCAAGAGGGCCCUCCUGUCCUUGGCCCCCGGCGGCACCGUCGUCGUCACGCUGUUCGAGGGCGAGCCGUACACGCUCUGGAACAUCCGCGACCUCGCCAGGUCCGCCGGCUUCCAGGUGGAGCGCAGCUUCGGCUUCCAGCCCUCGGCGUACCCGGGAUACCACCACGCCCGGACCCUGGGCGUGGUCAAGAACAAGCGUGGCGAGGCGGGCGGCGGGUGGAGGGGCGAGGACAGGGCUGCGAGGAGUUACUUGUUCGCCCGCAAGGGCGACGACCCGAAGCCCGUGCAGGCGUCCAAGAAGAGGAAGCGGGGGGAUGACGAUUCCGACGACGAUGAUGAUUAGGCCCAGACACUCGAGUGUCCAACGGAUGGGACAUCGUCCCCCCGAAACAACAUGCCGGGCAGAAACUCGUCAAGCUAGCCCUCUCGGGCGAUUCAACGGUUGGCACGAGCAUACCCUCCCACCUUUGACCUAACCAUAUUAUGUC